CCCGCACGGAGCCCUCGGCCUGUCCUAGCAGGGAUCGCCCCCCAUUUCCAGUUCCUGAGCGGGCGGCUGCGCCCCCCUCGCCGAGGAGCUGCGCUCACCGCAGGGCGGUCCCCCGCCUGUGUUCGCGGCGCCAGAAAAGAAGUGGUUGUGAAGGUGCAGAAAAAAAAUGACAACUGAAAAAAAAAUGGCAACUGACAACAGAGAGGAUGGGGGCUGUGCCGAGCUUCAGAGCAUGUACCCAGCCUAAAGAGGCAGAAGAUUGAUCUUUGAAAAUAUGUAUUUGGGAGAUAGUCACGUUCUGUUAAAUGCCUUGUGCUGGUGCUGCCAUCGAAAAAUCUGGUUACACUCUGGGGAGGCCUGCUGUCACUGCAGGACUGAACCGCCUCGGCCCUGAGAUGAGUGUCCAGCCUCAGCGGGUACACCAUGAAUAGAUACACGACAAUCAGGCAGCUCGGGGAUGGAACCUAUGGUUCCGUCCUGCUGGGAAGAAGCAUUGAGUCUGGGGAACUGAUUGCUAUUAAAAAAAUGAAAAGAAAGUUUUAUUCCUGGGAGGAAUGCAUGAACCUUCGGGAGGUUAAGUCCUUAAAGAAGCUCAACCAUGCCAAUGUAGUAAAAUUAAAAGAAGUUAUUAGGGAAAAUGAUCAUCUUUAUUUUAUCUUCGAGUACAUGAAGGAAAAUCUUUACCAGCUCAUUAAGGAAAGAAAUAAGUUGUUUCCUGAGUCUGCUAUAAGGAAUAUCAUGUAUCAGAUAUUGCAAGGACUUGCAUUUAUUCACAAACACGGCUUCUUCCAUCGAGACUUAAAGCCUGAGAACCUCCUCUGCAUGGGACCAGAACUUGUGAAAAUUGCAGACUUCGGAUUGGCCCGAGAAAUCCGAUCAAGACCUCCAUACACAGACUAUGUAUCUACCAGAUGGUAUAGGGCUCCAGAAGUGCUCCUGAGGUCCACCAACUACAGCUCCCCCAUUGAUGUCUGGGCCGUGGGCUGCAUCAUGGCAGAGGUGUAUACUCUCAGGCCGCUCUUUCCUGGGGCCAGCGAAAUUGACACGAUAUUCAAAAUUUGCCAAGUGUUGGGGACACCGAAAAAGACUGACUGGCCUGAAGGCUACCAACUUUCAAAUGCUAUGAACUUCCGCUGGCCCCAGUGCGUACCCAGUAACUUAAAGACCUUGAUUCCCAAUGCUAGCAGUGAAGCAAUUCAGCUCCUGAGAGACAUGCUUCAGUGGGAUCCCAAGAAACGACCAACAGCUAGUCAGGCACUUCGAUAUCCUUACUUCCAGAUUGGACAUCCACUGGGCAUCACUGCACAAAGCCUUCAGGAUUCAGGAAAAUCACAGAAAGACAUCCUGGAGAAGGCAGGCCCAUCUCCUCAUAUUAAGCCAGUCCCUCCUGCCCAGCCCCCAACCAAGCCACACACACGGAUUUCUUCACGGCAACAGCAAGCCAGCCAGCCACCUCAGCAUCUCAUGUACCCCUACAAAGCAGAGGUCUCCAGGACAGAUCACCCCAGCCAUCCGCAGGAGGACAAGCCCAGCCCGUUGCUUUUCCCAUCCCUCUACAACAAGAAUCCUCAGUCGAAAAUAUUAGCUGGCCUGGAGCACAAAAAUGGUGAGAUCAAGCCAAAGAGUAGGAGAAGGUGGGGUCUUAUUUCCAGGUCAACAAAGGAUUCCGAUGAUUGGGCUGACUUGGAUGACUUGGAUUUCAGUCCAUCCCUCACCAGGAUUGACCUGAAAAACAAGAAGAGACAGAGCGAUGACACUCUCUGCAGAUUUGAGAGUGUUUUGGACCUGAAGCCCUCUGAGCCCAUGGGUACAGGAAAUAGUGCUCCCACCCAGACUUCAUAUCAGAGGCGCGACACGCCCACUCUGAGAACCGCGGCCAAGCAGCACUACUUGAAACACUCUCGAUACUUGCCAGGAAUAAAUAUAAGGAAUGGCAUACUCCCGAAUCCAGGCAAGGACUUUAUUCCAUCUAAUCCAUGGUCUAGUUCCAGUUUGUCUGGAAAAUCUUCAGGAACAGUAUCAGUAAUCAGCAAAAUAAAUUCAGUUGGUUCCAGCUCUACGAGUUCUAGUGGAUUGACUGGAAACUAUAUUCCUUCCUUUCUGAAAAAAGAAAUUGGUUCUGCUAUACAGAGGGUACACCUGGCACCUAUUCCAGACCCUUCCCCUGGUUAUUCUUCUCUGAAGGCUGUGAGACCUCAUCCUGGGCGACCUUUCUUCCACACCCAGCCUAGAAGCACUCCUGGGUUGAUACCACGGCCCCCAGCCGCCCAGCCAGUACACGGCCGGACAGACUGGGCUUCCAAAUACGCAUCUCGGCGAUGACUGUCUCAGUGAUGAAGCCUUUUGCGGGGGAAAGCAGGACACUUUCCCUUGGCCAACUCACGUUCUGUCUGCAAGAAAUGUGCAGAUGGUGUGAAAGCAAACACUUUAUAGUUAUUCUUCUGAAACUAAAACAUUUCAAUAUUCUUUAAAGUUUUUUUAAAAUAUUGAUUUGAAUGCAGUACCCUUUUUUUGUAUAAAAUUAUUUUAUUCUAAAACUGGGUCCCAUUAUUUUCGUAAACAACAGCAUUUUGUAUAUACGGAUUAUGUUUUAGCAUUUUAUACAGUCAACUUUGUAAUGAACUUUUUAAAGGUUAAUUGAUUUUCCUUUGGGGUUCCAGAUAAUAUUUUAUACAGAUUUUGAAAAAUGUAAUAAUAAUAAUACAGUAUUGCAACAGGGGGGCAAUUUAAGGCUAUGCGAUAGAGAGUUAUUUACUCAAUGUGUAUGGAUAUUUGUGAAAGGGUUAAAUUUUAAAUGUGGCACAUUAGGUACUUCAGACUUUCUUAGAAAAGUGAUCCUCUGCUUUUCUUAAUAUCUUGUCAUUGGUUUGAUUUUUUUGAUACCACUAUGUUGUUCUAAAAGUACUAUUAUGUAAUUUGCUUUGUUUUGUUUUUGUUCCCCAGGUGAAAGAACUCUAAGUAAAUUUUUUUUCGAAAUGUGCACAGCACCCUCUAAUGUGGCUGCAGAUAUCCAAGUGAAACCAAAUUUAAUCAUGCUAUGCCAUCACAUUCCAUUUUCUUCCCUUUUUGAAGGAAAUUUUAUAAGCACCCAUAAAAAAUAAGCUUUUCACCUCAAAAUGUUCUCAGCAUAAAGGUUAACAUAGUCAAUUAAACUUAUAUCCCGGCCAAGACAUAUGACCAAAAAAACUAAGUUUCAAAGCAGCGGAAGAUUUUUAAUUAUAAUAACUGAGAAGGAGUUUUGCACUCAGCUCAGUUCUCUGGGUCUGGCUAGGAGCAGCCAAAGAAUAAUCAAUCUUAUGUCCUAGCCAAAUUCUCAGGACAUUUGGGAGCAGAAAAGAUUUACAGCAGAGGUUCCACUUCUCUAGGAAGUCAUGGUUGCCACAAUGUUAGUGUCCACAGCAUGCCACAUUUGAACUCUUAACCCUUGUGUAGUUUCUUUCAAGAGUGAGAAAUCUUAUUUGCUGGGCAGAAGCUGUUCCAUUGAGAGGAAUGUUUACAGCAAUUUUGAAAAUGACAAAGCUAGUUUGGAGACAGAAAAAGACAAAAGGUCCACUCUUGUCCAUCUCUAUGUCACAUUUGCCUCCGCUUAUGGUUACUUUAAGGGCAAGAGGGAAGGUCACCACCAGUGAAUGCGAUGUAAUCUCAACAGUGUGUUGACUGACAUUUUCUCAGGGCUCUUUUGGUUCCAGGUUCCAGUAUACAGCAAGUUGAACCCAAAAAAUAAUCAUUUUUGUAGGUUAAAAUGGUAGGUUAAAAUGAGUAUAGGCACUUUCAUAUGGUUCAACCUAAUAAGUUGGUAAAUGAUUGCUUUGGUGUAUUAAUAAUACAUUGCAGCCUGAGCAAAUUAGUGUGGCUUCCAAAGAGCCCUAACUUAAAAUCAGGGAGUAAUUUAUGUUUCAGAGAGAAUCUGGCUCAAAAAAUAUACUUGACCAAGCACUAUGAUCCUUAGGGGCAUGAGAAAAGCACAUAACAGAUGUGGAUUAAAUAGGUGAUAUUUUCUUGUUAACAAGCUGGCGGCAAAGCUUUGUAAAAUGUAUAUGCAAGCACAAGUUGAAGCUGAAUUCAUUUCUGUAUUAUAUUCUCAACUCAUUAUCUAAAGCAACAGAAAAUGUGUUUUCAGAGAUGAGUCCUUUACUAUAAAGUUAAUAUUUAUUUUCCCUUUCUGCAUUGUAUAUACGUAAAUUAAUCUGAAACCUUCCCGAGCUUGCUGGAAAGCGGGUUUUGAAUUGUAAAUACCCCUUAGAGAAGAAAAUGGAUUGUUGAAUAGCAUAUGCUUGGUACUCUGGCUUAUGUUAAGGUCAUUAAAACCUAGUUACCUAGCUAUCACACAUUAUAAAAUUGUUUUUCUACUACUUUUGUAGAGUCCAACUUCAGAAAAUACUUCACUUUCUUCCUUUUAUACUUUCCUUUGUUUACCAGCAGACACCUUCCCUUGGGGAGCCAAACAUGUUUUAUUCAUAUGAAAGUCAAGAAGCUGAUGCACAGUUUGAGAAAAGCAGAAGACUGGAAAAACAAUCAAAAUUCUAAAGAACUAGCAAGAUCCUAUAAUGUACACUUUCUCCCCCUAAAUGGGUAAAGGACAAAUUGUGUGUACAUGCUAUGUACUAUAGAAGGGAAUAAUGACCUUUUUUUGUUAAGUGAAAAUAAAGUGCUACUUGUGUAUAAUUUUAGUUAUUACACAAUUAUAAAAUGUCAUGCAAGACACCAACAGCAAUGAUGAGUUUAACUGUAUCUGUCUAUGACUAUACCUCAUUUACAGUCAGAAAGCUUUCUGGGAUAUCAGGAAAUGGUACAAGGUUGGCUCCCAUUCUGUACCCAAAAGUUCAGUGACAGUGGUGUGCCUUGGGGUACAGGUGUGCCCCAGGUAGAGCAAGCACAGCAGGGAAAGUUGCACUUGCAUGUAUGCUACUCUUGACAUGAGUGUUCAUUUUACAAUAAAAUUACAAUAAUUCCUAAGCCCUCACCCAGUUCACGUAUGAAAGAUAGGAAGGUAGCUCAAGUAGGAAGAAAAUUGAUUUUCAAACAAUUUUUUAGACACAUUUCUUGCCUAAAGGACUAUAUACAUCUAAUGAAGUGACAUUAUGUCAUCUUCUGGAGUUAUCAAAAAUUAAACACAAGGCAACACGAAACAAAGAUUGUUUUAAGUAUAAAUACAGGUAUCGUUGGAGUUAAUGGGCACCAUGUUUUCUCAUGAAGUAGCAUCUCCCUAGCAUCUGGCCAUUGUUUUGUGCCAUUUAGGAGAGAAAAAAAGGAAUGCAGGCUGUAUGUUUCAGCCCAAUGUAUGUCCAAAAGCAAUAUGUUUAUAGGAGAAUGUUUGAUAUUCUAAUUAUUUUAUAUCAUUUUAAGUGUACUGUAGUAACUUGUUUGUUUAAUAUAUGUAGUUAAUUUUUAGAAUUAUUUUUACAGUUUCCAACCAAAUGUACUGUACUUUUAUAUAAUUUAUUAUGAGGACCUUCUCAUGGAAACUAUUAAGAGGAUAACUGGAGACAAAUAUCACAUUAAUCUGUAUUAUCAGUUUCCUACAGACAUUGUGCUAAUGUGAAUUUAAAGUGACCUGAACAAAGUCUUCUGAUCACAUAUAUCUCAGUACGGAGAGCAGUUUAGGCACCUUAUUUGAUUAUAAGGAGUACCUGAGAUUAUAUUUAUUUAUAAAGCAAAUAUUCAUAAUAAUAAGAUAGGAGAACAGAAAACCACUUAAGCAAGACACUUCUGAAAUAAAAUGUUGCUUUUGAGUAGUUUGUCCUAAGGUGUUCAAAAAUGUUAACUCUAUAUAAGGAAAAUUCUCCAAAUAAAGUCACAGUUUAAGAAAAAUUAA